AUGAUGACAAUGCGGUCAACAACAUCAAUAGCUUCUCUAUCGCAGAGGCUUGCCUGGUCCAGCUCGAAAUACUCCCGAUCGGCUUCGAUAUGGCCAACCCCAUUCUUGACCUCACGAACGGCGGCUGUCCCGCACCCAUCGGGGGCAGCACCGACAACACCGCAAAGGCGCUCCUUCGCUACGUCACCUUCCGCGAAAACAGCAGGUGGCGGAACACUCAUCAAAGCCACCAUCGCACUCUCGCUGGUCGGCAUCACUUCGUACCUCUUUGGCUCGCUGUACCCACCUCAGGUGCUCAAACUGCUCUACAAACCUGUCGCGCCACCUCGCCUCCGAUCUGACGGUCCGGAAGCAGAGGCACACACGCGAGAGAUCGAGGAUGCGCUCCACAAUCUGCCCAUCAUCAAGCAUCUCAAGGCGUCUUCCGUAGCACACGGCUCGGCUGCCGAACUGGAGGUCCUUCGUUCGCAGGGCAAGCACAUCACCGAUCUCGACCCGGCCGUGACGAUUGCAGUGCCAGCACAGGGUCGUGUUCCGGGUGCCAAUGUGGCGAUUGCUGGCCCACCUGUUGAGGGAGGAGCUGCGGAUACACACCAGUACGUCAUGACCCGUCCGUAUCUCAAAUACAGCCGUGAGAAGGCGCAGCACAACCUCACCGCUGGCUCGCUUCGAGGGCCGGGCAUGAUCGCCGUUCCACCGCUCGUGUUCACCAAGACCGGCCACGGUGCGGCUCAGCUCGGCGGCAACGAGGGCGACAGCACCAUUAUCCUUCACCUCGGUCGCAGCCUGUGUGGGCACGACGGCAUCGUCCACGGGGGAAUGCUCGCCACCGUGUGUGACGAAGCACUGGCCCGAACCGCCAUGUACAACUUGCCGGGCAAGAUCGGCGUCACGGCCAGGCUCGAGAUCGACUACAGGAAACCGACCAUGGCGAAUCAGUUUGUCGUGCUCCAGACCGAGCUCGUAGAGCACGAAGGCAGGAAGGCCGUCGUCAAGGGGUCGGUCUCGGAUGUUCACGGCAAGUUGCUGUUGGAAUGCCGGGCAAUCUUUGUGGAGCCCAGAUACGCAAAGUACUUUUUGGACGCAAAGGCCAUCAAGCAGGCGAUUGAAGGGUGA